AUGAAUCGACCAACCGUCGAAAAGGGUGAAAAAGGGAGCACCACCAGGAGCAGGAACAGGGACUUGUUCUGGAAGUUUGUGAACUACUUAAAGGAUUACUGCGCCAAUUGCACAUUGGUAGGCUUCGCCUAUAUAGCCAACUCCAGAUUGCAUUUCACGGAGCGCAUCUUUUGGCUAUUUUGUGUGGUACUUUCUGCAAUGGGUUGCUAUUACCUGAUCAAUGACUAUCAGAGCAGCUUUCCCACCCGAGCUGCAAGCAUCGUUUACGAGAGUCUACCGCCAUUUUCCAAAUGGAAAUUUCCCACUAUCAGUAUGUGUGAAGUUGUCUACAAGUACGAACUAACAGAACAAGUGGAGGCCUAUAUUCGCAGUUUGGGUGGCGAUGUCGAUGGUGGCGACUACAACUUUGAAGUGGAAUCCCAUAUUGCAUAUAUUUUGUUUCCACAUCAGUACCAUGAGGGCAUUAUAAAGAAUCACUGCCAAGCACCGGAGGAGGAGUGUUCGACUUGUGCCCAGUGUCCUACUGAAAACUAUCGGCAAAUACAACGACAAUUUGGAGCCAACUGCUCGGAUCUUUUUGUGAACUGUCAGCUCUCUGGAAAGAAAUUCGACUGCUGCCGGUACUUUUUGCCCUUGAUCACACCCUAUGGCCUAUGUUUUAUGCUCAAUUCCCUGCAAAAUAAUGAGCCAGGAUCAAAGCAUUGGCUACGCACUGAACUUGAUCCUGCCAACGAAAAAGCUUUGCUUCAGGUGAAUACAAAUCUGCCGGUUCAGGUGAGUCUUCUGAAUGCCGAAGAUAUUCCACACACGGCCCUGCAGCCUGUGGGUGUUUCUGUCACGGAUCCGGGACAGGGUAAGUAUCUGCAGUUCCAUCGUCAGACCAUGGACAAUGAUCCGGAUGUGCAUGAGAUUGAUCCGAAGCUGCGUAGUUGCCGAUUUCCUGAGGAGAAUCUGCCAUUGAGCGUAUACAAGGCGUAUAGUUUUAGUACCUGUCUCAGUGAUUGCACGAGAAACAUUCAGAUGGCCAAGUGUGGGUGUACGCCAUACUAUAUGAAUCCCUUGGCCGAUCCACGAUAUCCUGACUGUGGUCUGGAUGGACUCCUCUGCUUAGAGCUCAAUAUGGUGGCAAAGCCAGAUGCCAAGUUGCUGAUGAAUAACAACAAGGGUUUCAAUGAUAGCUGUGGCUGUCUGCCCUCCUGCAAUGAUGGCGAUAUACAAGCCAUUUACGAGGCCAUUUCCACUUUCGAAAAGGGUACAAUACAGCGCAAUAUUACGCUCUCCAUGCCAGCUCUACCCACGGAUCAGUAUCGGCGACAGGCUCUUCGGACCAGGCUAGACGUGGUGGUGUCCAUGGGAGGAAUGUUGGGCCUCUUCCUGGGUGCCAGCAUUCUCAGUGGCAUUGAGUUCAUCUACUUUUUCACAGUGCGAGCCAUCAACAAUGCCAGAAGGAAUCGGUCGGCUCGUCCGUAA